AUGGAGUGCUCAAACAAGUACAACAGUUUCAUAAGAUUCCUAGUUGUUAUAUCUUUGUCGCUUUAUGCCCUUAUAGGAAGUUCCAUGGCUCGACCACUACCUCGGCACAGAAAAAUGGAGUACUCAAACAAGUACAACAGUUUCAUAAGCUUCCUAUUUGCUAUAUCUUUGCUGCUUUGUGCUCUUACUGGAAGUUCCAUGGCUCGACCGCUGCCUCAGGGGAAGUUUUCAAGAUUCCGAACCCACAACACUUCGAAGGCAACCAUUAGAACCGUUUGGUCAAAGCUUCCAAAAGCUACACCAGUGCCACCAUCUGCACCCGCUCCUAUCGGCGAUUGA